AUGGCGAUGCUGUGUCAGGCAAUUAGUAGAUACCAAAACCUGUGAAUCGUGUGAAUAGAAGUUUGGAAAAUCUUAAGGUAAAGAAUGGCACAUUAUAAAAUUCAAAAAAUGCCUAUCCUUUGCGGCAUAAUAUUAAUUAUAAUACAGGCUUAAAACAAAAUUAGAAACGUGACGAUAUAAUUAUGCUUCAGCUUAAAUAUAUCUCUUGUCCGUGGAAGUUGAUCAAUAUUUCGCUUGUUUUUCCAGUUGCGCUGGCAGCAGCGUUUGUUAUUAAGAGAACUGACGUGGUUGCAAUAGCCAGUUUGUGUUCCGUAGAUGCUGAUUGAGUUCGUGCCUAAACUUGAAGAUGAAGUGCCUUGUGGUGUUCCUGUAUUUCGGAGCUUUCCUCCCGUGUUUUUAUCUGGAAUGCAAAGGUAAGCACACGCGAUCUUGAUCUGAAUUUGCUAAUCUGAGUGCGGUGAAAAAUUUUGAACAUUUUGUUUCAACCUCUUGAUCUUGCAUAUGACUAAGCGUUUCUUCAAACUUCAUCAAGAAUGACGCUAGGAUUUUGUUCUGUCAUAUAUGAUUUUAAAUCAUUUCAACAACAAACAAAAAAAAGAAAAACAGAAAGCACAGGGAAUGUUCCUUUUGUUUUUGACAAUAUUUUAUAUACAUACUCAUCGUGGUAGCAGUUUUCUUACACAAACAGUUCAAAACGUGAAUAGUGCAGAUCGACAUGUAUAAACUUGUUAAAUGACGUUCAUUUGGCAGUUUGGAAUUUUUUAAGUACAGUGUAUGAACAGAUUCAUUUUCCGUAUUAUUUUUCUUAAAUGCACCUGUAAUUGUCUGUUACUGUAUGCAGAUAGCAUUGACUCUGCAAGGCAAAAAAGUGGAAAAGAGUGACUGUUGAAGUAAACGCGGUUACAAGAUUGUGACUACAGAUACCUUGAAAAUAGGAAAAUGUGGACGUAACUCGGGUGGAUUAGCUCUGCUCUACAAACUAAAGUUUGACGAUUGGAUUUCAGUGCAAAAAGAAUCACCAAAUUUUUUAUGGUUUAAAAUUAGUAAUCGCUCCACAAAAACUACAAAAGACAUUUAUGUCUGUGGAACGUACAUUCUACCAUACAAUUCUCCCUACUUUCGACCUGAAGUGUUUGAAGAGCUUGAAAGCGACAUCGAGAAAUUCUCCUCUCUUGGUUCAAUUCUUAUUAUGGGAUUCUUAUUGUAGCCUUUAACCGUUUUAGAACGAGCAUUAUAGUUUUCCUAGUCACGUUUUUAGUAUGUGGCUUUUUAGUCGGUUUUAGCUUUUUAUAUUUUAUGUUUUUAUUACCAAGUUUUUUAUAUGUAUAUAUUUAUUGAGUUGUGUUUAAAAUUGAAUAAUAUUAUACAGCUGUAAUUAUUAUAGAUUUUAUUUAUACACGUUCGUAUUUUGAACGAGUUUUUUAGCUCUGUGACGUUACGUGUUAAAAUAAAUGAUUGAUUGAUUGAUUGAUUGGGAGACUUUAACUCCAGAGUAGGCAAACACCCGGACAGUGUUUGUCAAGAAGGUAAUAAGAUAAUAACAAACGAUUUUUCUGAAUCUUCGUUAUGCGCCACCCAACGAAAAAGUUUUGAUAAUGAUUUGAAUAAUCAUGGAAAACGACUCUUGGAAAUUUGUAGAAGCGCGGACUUAAGAAUUUUGAAUGGUAGAAUAAAGGGCGACUCGUUAGGCAGACCUACAUUUCAUGGUAAAUCGGGAAUCAGCGGCAUUGAUUACUCCAUAUGUGACCAGAUUUGCUACGAAAUAUAACAUCUUUUAUGGUGAAAGACCCGAACAGGAGGGGGGCAUUGGGGUAUAUUAGAAACCGCAAAACCGAAGAAAAAAAUCAUCCAAAACCGCAAAAAAAAUUCGGCCAAAACCGAAAACCGCAUACAAAACCGUCAAAAACCGAUACAAUGGUGACAAGUGGGGCAUACAGAGCAAACUAAACUAACACUAACUUCAACAAAGUAUUUGUGAAUGUCAUGGACUUUGUCUGAACCCUUCGUAUCUUUUUGUGUCUGCUUAAAUCAUAGGCUUUGUUUCUGCCGCUCUCUCGAGCCCAGACUUUGCAGCUCAAUUUCCGAAAAGCCGCUAGUUAUGGAGCCUAGUUAACUUAGGAGAAUUUGUACACAAGUCCUCUUUAGAAUUGCAAUUUUGCAGUCGCAAAAAGCUAUAGCUCUGGAAACUUCAAUCGAAAAUCUCUAAUCGAACAUUACCAUUUGAUAACUCCCCUCCUCGCAAAAAAACGCAACACAAUCCACUAUUGCUUCUUCCGUUGCUGGCGCGGGAGGCUUGUUGGAAGCCAUAGCUCGCAAACUGACCAAAUGGUCGCCCUGGUCUGCGAGGUCAAAGGCUCGCCGGGCGUCAAGGGAGACGCUUGAUCCCCUACCAUGACAUUUAUUUUGUCACGCAUUCCUCUAAAUAACUUUGCCGUUUCGCGGCUAUUCGAGAUUAAGGUGGCUGAACACAGUUUUGGCAGUUUCUGAGUAUAGGUCAUUUGCCAAAUUAUGGCAAGAAAAAGGUUGCAGCUCACAAGCUGAAACUUGGCAAGUGAAAAAUAUAAUGAUGAAAGAUUUUGACUGACAGGCCCAAUUUGAUGUUUUCGUAGUUUCCAUGGCAACAUGAACGAUUGACUACAACCUUAAAAUUUCACUUUUACUCAGUUUACAUAAAAUUCGCUCGUUACAUUUUCCUAUAAACUCGCACACAGCUUACUAUAAUUAAUCAUUACUAUUUGAAACUUAUUUGACCAAAUUUUAACUGAGGGGUUUUCAGAUAAUCAGUAAUAUAAUUGUACUGUUAUUAUUACCUGAUAUGAUCCUUUGACUCCUCUUCCAAAACAGUUUUUUUGGGAAAAUGAUUCGUCACAAAAAUUUAGAGAUGCAUUACAGUCUGAAGACAUUCAAAGAAUGAUCCACGAUUUUAUGAAUACUACAACAAUCACGAGAAAUGUUGACAUGAACCUUGAUGCAGUAGAAAAUAUUCUUAUUUCAACCGCAAAACGAUGUUUGAAAAUCAAAACAGCAAAAAAGCGACGUUGCAAAAUAUCUUUGAACAAAAAAUGGUUCGACAAAGAAUGCCGCUAUAAAAGACAUGAACGGCGGAAACGUUCUAAUCAAAAACACAGAGAUCCUCCAAACAAUACCCUCAGGGAAGAGCAUCACAACGUCUUACAGCAAUAUAAAAACCUUUUGAAACAUAAGAGAAACGAAUACUAUAGCAAUAAGAUCUGUGAACUUGAAAAUACGGUCGAAAAUUCGAACAAUAAGGGCUUUUGGAACUGUUUGAAGUCAAUGGACGACACUAUGAAGGAAACCUACACCCCUCCAAUUUCUGAAGAAAAAUGGAUGUCCCACUUUCAAUCUCUGCACUCGAAUGAACCCCUUAACGAACAGCAGGAGGCAGUUAUUGACGAGUUGCAGAAUUCAAAGGAUAUUCCAACACGAUCUCACUCCUUGGAUUACCUCAUCACUGAAAGUGAAAUUCGCACUGCAGCUGGAAAACUCAAAUACAACAAAUCUUCUUUUUCAGACAAAAUCAAAAACGAAAUGAUCAAAUCUAGCUUAAACGAAUAAAUGCCUGUUUAUCUAAAACUAUUUAACACGGUCCUCGACUUGGAACUAUGCCCCAAAUGUGGUGUGACGGCCUCAUUACACCAAUUUUUAAAUGUGGUACUAAAAGCGAUCCAUCAAACUACCGUGGAAUUUGUAUUUCUAGUUGCAUUGGAAAACUAUUUUGUUCAAUUCUCAAUCAGAGACUUCUAAAGUACGUUGACUUAAAUAAUAUACUUCACAAGUCUCAAAUUGGUUUUCUAGCAAAUAAUAGAACAGCAGAUCAUGUCCUCACUCUUCGAACAUUAAUAGACAAAUAUGUCCAGUGUCACAAGGAGAAAAUAUAUGCGUGUUUUGUUGACUUUUGGAAAGCCUUUGAUUCAGUUGGGCAUGAUGGGCUUCUCUAUAAGUUAUCUAAAAUCAAUGUCCAAGGAAAGUUUUAUAGUCUAAUUAAGAGUCUAUACUCGCAGUCUACCUGCUCUGUCAGGAUUGGAAAUAACAAAACGCGAUCUUUUCAAUACGCAAGAGGAGUGCGGCAAGGCUGCAUUUUAAGCCCUCUGCUCUUCAACUUAUACCUUAACGAUCUAGCGUUCUCAUUGGACAAUGUUUUAUCAGACCCUUUCGUGUUACCAAAUGGCACCAGACUCAACUCUCUCCUUUACGCAGAUGAUUUGAUAAUAUUAUCGCGAUCCAAACUUGGUCUACAAAACUGCCUUAACGUAAUAUCUUCAUAUUGCAACUCAUGGAUGCUUAGAAUAAAUCCUUAGAAAACCAAAAUAAUGGUUUUUCAACGAUGUACACGAAAAUGUGAACAUAACUUCCGCAUAGGCAAUGAAGUAAUCGACGUUGUCCAAAACUAUACUUACUUAGGAACUCGCAUCACAUCUUCCGGAAAUUUUACACUUUCGCUUGAACACCUCCGACAAAAAGCUCUUCAUGAGCUCUUCAGCCUAAGGCGGCACACGGAUUUGAAUGGUCUUAAGCCAUCACUUGCGUGUAAAAUUUUUGACUCGAUGAUUUCACCAAUUCUAACCUACAACAUUGAAGUUUGGGGUGCUUUUGUUAAAUCAGAUUUUAAGUCCUGGGACAGCUCUGCAAUUGAAAAAACCCAUUUGCAAUUCUGUAAGCAUUAUUUACAAGUACAUAACAAGGCAUCCAACUUUGCUUGUAGAGCUGAACUCGGUAAAUUCCUCAUGAUCAUUGAUAUAAAUAAAAAGAUUCUUAGUUACUUAGACUAUCUGAUAGGUAAAGAUGAAGAUUCUAUAGUUAAACAGGCCUUACAAAUUUCAAUUGACCUUCACCAUAACGGAAAAACUAGCUUUUAGUCUAAUAUCGUGAAAAUGGUUGAGUACUAUGAUCUUAACUAUGACUUUUCCUGUAAUUCAUGGAGUGACUCAAUAGUUAAUCAGUAUAUCGGCAUAAUGAAAAAUAAAUACGUCUCUUACUGG